CUUCUCUCUGACCUUUUUCUAGAGGAAGGGGAGAGGAGGGCCCCGAGCGCUAGGGAGUAGUGUGGACAUCUCAGCCCUGUGGGAUGCAUGUAUGCAUGUGUUAAUGAGGCAGAGUUGGCAAGGUGUGAUUUAGAAGAGCCUAGAGCUGGCCGGCGGAGGAGCUGCCAUCUUCGUCUCCAGUCUUUAUGGAGUGGAUGGAGUGAGCCAGGACCCCCAAGUUCAGCCAAGAGGGGCAGGAGCCACGGUUGGGGACGAUCUCCUAACCUAUCAUCCCGUGAUUGAACCAGGAGGAGAAGGAUGGAGUCCACUCCAAGACUCAAUGCCACCACGAAUGACAACCACGACAGCCUGUCUGAGGCUCAACUUCGCCCCCUCUUUGCCACCCUCUGUGGCCUCAUCCUGCUGGUUGGGUUGCUGGCCAAUGGGCUGAUGCUGCUUAUCUUGGGCAGGGGCACCGGCUUGAGGGGCCAGGCCCCAUGCCCGCUCCUGGCUCUGACCAAUAGCCUCAUGGUGAACAUCACUGUAUCGGAUCUGGUCUUCCUGGUUUAUGUGGUCCCCGUUUUGCUGCUGACCUUCCUCCAGGAGGACUGGUGGCUGGGCUCCUCCGUCUGUACCACCAGCCAGAGCUUCAACAUGGGCACCAUGUUCUGCACCUUCUACAGCAUGGUGGCCACUGCCCUCCUACGCCAUGCCGCUGUGGCCUUCCCCACCAUGGCCUUCCCAGCUGGCAGAGGCACUCAGCUAUUGCUCUGCCUGACCAUGUGGAUCCUGGGUUUCUCUGUGUCUCUGCCCAACUGGCUGUACCAGAAAGUGGUGGAAGAGGGCAGGGAAGACGGGGAGGAGGUGGCUGGGGGACCAGGAUCGGAGCUCAUCCAUUCAUGCCUGAUGCUCCUGGGCCCCGCCCAGAUCUCCUGCUAUUUCACCCUCCUCGGGGCCCUGGCCUUCCUGCCCUUCGCCCUGAUGCUGGUGCUCAGUUUCACUCACCUGGGCUGGCUGUUGUGGAGUGGGGAGUGGACCCAGGUCCCACUGGACGUCCGACAGCACCGAGAAGCCACGGGCCUCAUCCUAGUGGUGUUAGUUGUUUUCGUAGUCAUGUGGGGGCCCUGUUCUGUGCUGGGCUACGUGGCUGCCUCAGGAGACCUGCCCCAUACCUUCACAGUCUUUGUGGCUACCAGCCUCUGCACCAUUCUAGCCUAUUCCAACUGUGCCGUCAGCCCGAUUCUCUGUUUCUGCCUCUCGAGACAGUUCCAGGCAGGGCUCAAGGACCUCUUCUGCUGCUCAACCCUGGAAAGGGUAGUCUUAAGACAUGGUGGGAUAGUGCAGGGUGUCCAGGGAGGCGAAAGUGGGAGGGUGGGAGCCCCAGGGGGUCUAUGGGGAACUCCUGCCUGA